CCUCAAAUUGUGAGCUUGUAGAAGAAAAACCCCUCCUGCAUUCUGUCCUUGCCCACCUCCCAGCUGAAGAGAUGGCCUUGUUUCCCAUUCACCAUCCUUUGGUUUUUAUCUUUGGCAUCCUAGGUAACCUCAUCUCAUUCAUGGUGUACCUUGCUCCACUGCCGACUUUCUACCAAAUUUACAAAAGGAAAUCCACUGAAGGGUUUCAGUCUGUUCCCUACGUGGUUGCAUUAUUCAGUUCUAUGCUUUGGAUAUACUAUGCCUUCCUUGACACUGAUGCUAGCCUUCUCAUCACCAUCAACUCCGUUGGCUGCGUCAUUGAGACCAGCUACAUUGUUAUGUUCCUUGUGUAUGCACCGAAGAAGGCUAGGAUCACGACUGUGAAACUCGUUUUUCUAAUGAAUAUCUGCGGAUUCGGUUCCAUCCUGCUCCUAACCCUCCUCCUAGCUAAAGGCGCUAACCGUGUCCGUAUUGUUGGAUGGGUUUGUCUCGUGUUCUCGCUUAGCGUUUUCCUUGCACCCCUUUGCAUCAUGAGACAAGUUAUCCGAACCAAGAGCGUUGAGUACAUGCCAUUUCUUCUAUCUUUUUUCCUCACAUUGAGUGCUGUAAUGUGGUUCUUUUAUGGUCUGAUGCUCAAAGACUUUUACAUUGCUGGUCCAAACAUCCUGGGCUUCUUCUUCGGGAUUGUUCAGAUGGUCCUCUACUUAAUCUACAGAAACGGGAAGAAAGUUCUGGAAAACGAGAAAUUGCCCGAACUAUCCGAACAAAUCAUUGACGUUGUGAAGCUUAGCACAAUGGUGUGCGCAGAAGUGAACCUAACUAACCAGCAGCACAGCAAUGAAGGACAUGGCACCACAGAGAAACAAGGCCUUGAAGUCAUAGUUGCUCUGUAAUAAAACAAAGGCUUCCCACGUAGCUACGGUUUUAAUUUCAUUCGAUAUGCAUGGCCUUGCGACAUGGCCAUGUUAAUUAGUAGUCUCUUUUCUGUUUUAUGUGUGUGUGUCCCUCUAAAUCUCCAUCUGUAUCUUGUGUAAUUGGCGAUGAUCAUAUGGUGUCUUUAUCGUAUGUAACUAAUGAUUAUUUAUUAUCAUCAUUAUAUUAAAUUGUUGGGUGUUAUGAGAAA